GUCGCGUCUCGUGUGGCGUUUAGUGUAUUAUACGCCAGUACACGAAGUAUAUACAAUAGUGGUCGUCAGUUCGGAGUGGUCGACUGGAGAAACAGCAACGGGAGGCUCGUCCGUCUCGAUAACACCUCCUUCUCGCUCUCUUUUUUUUUUUCACAUCCGUCCGUCUUGCUUUCUCGCGGUGUGGCUUCCCUCCCUCUCUUUCUCUCAGCCAGCAGCAACAGAACCGGCACUGGCACCGAAGGGCUGCAGUUGCGAUCGGAUGAUCGACGAGUACGCGUCUGUUGUGCGCAUCGUUGUGUGUUCGUCCGGAAUGUCAGGUGUCUUUUCGAUUCUCAUUAUCACCUAUCCUCGAUGAAUCGAAGCAAUAACGAAGUUGAAGCUUUGGAUCAAAAAACGAGAGUGAGCAAUGUUCACGAAGAUUCGUGAGGCUCGCGUAAUCGACAGACGUGCCGGAUCGCGCGGCGUCGCCGGGGCUCUUCAGUAGUAGUCGAGGAAUCUGCGGCGCAAAAAGAAAAAGAAAAAGAGAAGAAAGAAGAAGAGGAACACACGAAGGCGAUAAAAGGAGGAUCUGGUGGAGGAUCGACGAGAGGAAGUGGGGCGCCGGUGCUGGCCACCGGGACCAAUCAUCCUUUCCUUCCUCAGGAUGUCGUACGCCAAUCGAUUCCCGUCUUCGCAGCACACCCGUUAUCGAAGCAGCUGGGGACCCUCCUCGGUCACCGUGUUCAAUCGAGCCGAUGUGCCCAGGCCCUCGCCGGAAGAGGAAGAGUACGCCGAGUUCUAUCACGAGCGUCUGCACUCGGCACAGAGCAGACAGUUGCUGCCGUUGCAGGAGGACCUGGCCGAUUGGAUCAAUAAAACGUUGAACUCUGAAAUUGUAUCGGGAGACAACUUCUUCGACGCUUUGGACAAUGGCGUGGUGGUGUGUCGAUUGGCGAGGGUUAUACAGGAAAAGGCGAGGACGGCGAUCGACGCUGGAAGAGCGAAAGGGCCCCUACCGGUGAUAAAAGGCCGUUGCUGGGAGAACGCAGCCCGUCGCAGUUUCUUCUCCCGCGACAACAUGGAGAACUUUAUACAAUUCUGCAGGCGUCUGGGCGUGCACGAGAAUCUUCUAUUCGAGAGCGACGAUCUCGUUCUACAUGGACAGCCGAGAAACGUUGUGUUGUGCCUGUUGGAAGUGGCCCGACUCGCGUCGAGGUAUUCCGUCGAACCACCAGGACUCGUGCAGCUCGAGAGGGAAAUCGCCGCCGAACAAGAGCGAGAUCUUCACUGUCUGUCUGAUAGCGGUAUAUCCCGCAGCAGUCUGGUUUCUUGGCAGUUUCAAUCACCGUCACCGACCGCAACGCCCAGACCUCCUUCAGAGAAGAUCAAACACAGCAGUUCAGCAUCAGAAGUCGCGUUGACGGCGACAGGAUGGCUGGAUCCGAGCAACGGUGUGACGCACGAGCCCGAAAUGAGAAGGUCGAUGAGCGAUAAUGGGCCACCAAAAGGUAGCGAUGGGGAACCGAGCGACACGACCGAGGAUGACUGGUCACGUGGAAGCGCGGAGGAUCCGGACGAGCUUCCAUCGCCGACUAGUUCACCUUUGCCCUCGCCGGCCGAGCCACCAGAGCACACGGGUCCAAUAACGGAACUCGAUCGCAAGGUGAGAAGAGCUACAGAGGCUGUGCAGAGACUUUGCCAAUGUCCCUCCGAGAGAUGCUCCAAACUGAAGGUGCGAAAGGUUGGCGAAGGACGGUAUCAUAUCGCUGGGCGAAAUGUCUUCAUCAGGCUUUUGAAGGGGAGACACAUGAUGGUCAGAGUAGGCGGGGGCUGGGACACCUUGGAACAUUUCUUGGCGAGGCACGACCCUUGUCAGGUGAGGACUCUCAACGCGAGCACGCCGCCUUCUCCUCACGGCAACAAGCACACCAACUUUCUUCCCAUUCGCGCCAAGUAUCGCAGUCCUCCGCCGGAAUCCGUCUCGGCCCGCUAGCCUAAAAGCACAGUGCCUGUUACAAAUCCACGCUACUAUCACGUUCAUAUUGCUGUUGGUUCGUUUCGUACAAGUAGAGAAACAACACGUUCGACAGGGUCAACUCUCGUUCCGCGUUUCUGUUUCUGAAACAUAAGAGGUUGCAAGGAUACCAAGCUGAUAGAUUGAACCGCGAAAACAUAUGUGCAUGCUUGAAUUCUUUAUGGAAUAAAGAAAGGUCAGUAGCAUUUUUGAAAAACGAUAUAUCUUCCUUCUUUCCAACCACUGUCGCAUAGUGUGUUGAUCGAUAUCGAGGGUUUUUUCGGAUAUCAUAUGAAAAACUAUCAGCCCAAUGUAUCUUUGUGCUACUCUCAUGAUUUAUAUGCAUACACUAGAUUUGUGUAACACCAUUAUCUGUCACAUAUGUAUAAAUUAUACAGAGGAUGGCACUAUUUUUUCUUACAUUUAAUACGCCUGGGAAGCACUAACAUUUCACGUAUGUUCUAACAAGCGUGUUAAUAUGUCAUCUUUCUUUAAUAUCGAGGAAACGAUAUUCCUUGAUAUUCCUUCAUUUUCAUAUAUGUAUAAAUCUUGACGAAUAUUGUAUAUUGUAUAGAUUUAUUUACGUUCACUCGUUUUUUUUAUACACUCAUAUAAGGUUAUAUUUUGUGUUUAUAUUACAAGCUAUGUACUAUACAUGUACGUAUAAAAAUACGACUUGCGUUUAUUUAUAUAUUCUUCCUUAUAUAUUCGUGUAAGUUGUUCAUUUAGGAAUACAAAGACUUGCCUUUCAAUUCGUAAACGUUUAAGUGUCAUGCAUUCCACGGAUGAUAGGCAUAUUAACGCUUGAUUUGGAAAUUAUCUAACAGAAAUAGAUGGGAGGGCAAUGCACCUGGUAGAGGUAGUCGUAAUACCGCAAUGACCAAAGUUUGUAAUGGUAUACAUAUACGUCGAAACGACCACGGGCAAUAAUAGUUUAUCGGAAUAUCGUUUAUAUCGAAUGUAAUGAUGAACAGUCUGUCCAUUGCGACUCGAACAACUUGCCUCAGUUUCGUAGUCGAUCUAUGCGUAUAAUUAGAAGAAAGUGCAAUUAAGGACUCAGGUAAUUUUAAAUCGAUGUUUAUCAGGCUAAAUAGAAUUACAGAAAAUUGUGCUUUUUGAUCGAACGACUCCGUCUUUUGUAAAAAUGCAAACUUUAAGGGAUAGAUAAUCGUUUAAGAGAUUGCGGGAUUUCUGCCUAUUUUAUGGACAAACGAGAAAAAAGAUAAAAUGAAUACACGAUAAUAAUUACUUAUUUGUACUUGGUCAUUGCUGCGGCCCAUAUGGGUGAAUCUCGUAGUGCACUUAAAUAUUUUUCGCAAUAAACAAUGUAAGGCACAUAGAUUAUAAUAAAUAAAAAAACAGGGUCGGUUAAAUCGAUUAAUCGCACGCUUAAAAUAUUUAAGUAUUUAUAUUAUAU